AUGGAAAGUGCCUGGCCAUCACCUGGGAGUCAGAGUAGCUCAUUAUGCUGGUUCCAAGAGGGGUUAGCGAGAUACAGGGAGAAACUCAUGUAUUGGUCCAAACAUAAUGCUGGAGUUGCAAGGAAGGAGUUAAAAGUAAACUUGAAGAAGCUUCAGUCACUGCAGAGUAUUAAUCAAGGGGACUUGAACGGUAGAAUUAAAGACACUCAAAAGCAGAUAGAUGUACUACUCGAAGACGAAGAAAUCAAAUGGAAGCAACGCUCUAAACAAUUGUGGCUCAAGUGUGGGGACAAGAACACAGCAUACUUCCAUAAAUGUGCAUCUCAACGGAAGAAACAGAAUUUCAUCAGGAGUGUAUUGAAUGAAAGUGGAGAAUUGUCUAACAAACAGGACGAGAUCAGCAGCACUUUCCAACUUUUCUACCAACAAUUAUUCUCGACCUCUAACCCGACUGGCAUCGAAGAGGUAGUGAAGGAUCUUGAAGCCAUAGUCCCCCCUGAUACAAAUGAUCAGCUACAGAAACCCUGCACUGAGGAGGAAGUGAAGAGAGCUAUGUUUGAUAUGGACCCCAUGAGUUCCCCUGGCCCAGACGGUUUCUCUGCUGAUCAACAAGGCUUAAGGCCCCGACCCAUGCCUAAACCCUUAAAAAUAGAAGAUAAGAAUCUGAAGGAAGAAGCUGAAACCCAUUUGGAUGGUUCGAAGUUUAAUUCUCGAAUUUGUGGUCAAAUAGAGAAGUUGGUUUUGUGCAAAAGGUACCGUGAGGCUCUUGAAUUGUUUGAGAUUUUGGAAUGCGAGGAUGAUAAUGAUGUUUACUGUAGUACUUAUGAUGCUUUGGACACUCGCGACGAUGAUUCGAUCUUCAGCUGGGUUGGAACUCAUUUCUCCUGGACAACAAUUGCAUGCUUGCACUAUGAAGAUGGGCCUAUAUGA